UGUCCCUCCAGGUACUCUACAUUCGUAUUGAGGCAGGUUGCCACGAUGCCGGUUGAUGAAGAGGCAAGACUGACCCGUUCCUGCCACAUCAUGUACAUGUGGUACCUCCUCGCUCUGCAUGGACUCAAGUACUCUGACUGGAGGAGAAGAGACCUUCCUCUACCAGACGAUAUACCCCUCUUGGUCAAGCAGCAGUUGCUGGGUGCCUUUACUGUCAAGGCAGAUGCUGCAAGGUCUCGCAGGGCCAUGCCACCUCGUCUGAAGGACAAGCUGCUGUGCUACAUCCUGGUCAUGGGCCUGAUCAUCGAGAAGUUCAAACUGAACUUGAAUGACAUCCAAAUGGACCUGAAGAUUGCACAGAAGAAGCUGCUGACAUUGACCAGAGCCAUUGGCUGUGAUGUUCAGAGCAGGAAGCCUGAUAGAAGUAUGGGUGAGAUACAGAAGAUAGCUGUAUUGCCUAUACCAUUCAAACUGCCUGAUCCAAGCAAAGCCAAGGGAAGGAAAGGGGGCCGUUAGCAUAGCUGUACAUCAAAGCAAUAAAACAUAGUUAAUUUUGUUGCCCUGGGUGUUAUUUUGUAUGCAAUUACUAAAUCUUCUUUACUAAAGCAAAAUAGGUUGAAGAAACCUGGUGCAUUAUUUGUACCAAAAUAGAGAGUCACUCUCUAUAUAGUUAGCAAAAAAACAGCUGUUGAAAUUUGCAUCCAUGCUUCUUUACACUGUGAAUUAUUGUUGGAUGGAGCAAGGCAGCAUUCUUCACAUGUUUAUCAGAUUUUAAAAAAAUAGAUUUUAUAUCCAAAUUGAAUGUAGUUUCCAGUGAAAGAUCAUGCCAAUAUAACUUAAUCUCCAAGUAGAUGUGUUGUAUUUUUGUAUGCAUUUCAGUUGGUCGUUUUUCUGUCAGACUUGUUUGAAUCUUACAUGAUACAUAUACAUUUUCUGGUCACUAACUACUACUAUAAAGUCAGUUAACCUAUAUGCACAGACUACAGUGUAACUACAAUGUAAGCAUAUCCUUAAUUUCAAUCCACAAAGUGAACAUAUGACACCAUUGAGACAGACUUAGUUUUAAACAGGUUUUUAUUACACAACAUCUGUUGCACAGAUUAAUUCACUGUUAUCGACAUGCAAUCUGAAAGUCAUGGUGCGACAGUAGAUAAUCACUUAUGGAAAAGUGUUUGUAACUUAAAUGUUGAGGUUUGUGAUUUUGUAACAGGUGAUAAAACUGAAUGCAAAAGAAAUAUUUCAACUACCUGAAAUGGGCCAAUUCAGCACCAUAUUACAGAAUACAGUAAAAUAAAUCUUGUCAAACUUAAA